CCAACACCCAUUUUCUUCACAGAAAGCAGCUGUUGGGUGUGGAGGAGAGAGGGGAGCAGAGAAGGCAGAAAUGGCAUCCACUUCAGCUGUUUCAAUGGCUAUGCCACUAACUCAUUCCAGCCAGAGGAGGGCUCUGAGCUCUGACGCCUUCUUCAAGCCAUUGCCACUUAAGCCGUCCAAGGCGGCAACCACAACGGCAAGAUCCGCCCAGAGGCUUGAAGUCAAGGCAUCUUCGAUCAAGGAGAAGGCCAUGACUGGGCUGACAGCUGCUGCACUGACGGCUUCCAUGGUGAUCCCUGAGGUGGCUCAGGCGGCGGAGUCUGGAUUUUCUCCGUCACUCAAGAACUUUUUGCUCAGCAUUGUGGCUGGCGGCGUUGUGCUCGUUGUCAUUGUUGGGGCAGUGAUUGGCGUCGCCAACUUUGACCCCGUUAAGCGGAGCUGAUCUUUUUAUGGAUUCUAAGAAUGUUAUGAAUUUUUUGUACCUUUUCUUUUUAUUAUGUACCUGUUUCAUGUUCUGAGAAAUGAAUUCCGCUUUCUUUG